AUGUUCCGUUCUUUGUUUGAUACGGCAAGAAAUUACGGUUUCCUUCAUAGUCGUAAACAAGGAUUCAUAUACCAGCAGAACUUUGGUCUAGUGAACAUAAAGUUGAAAUGGGUGAAAGAUAGAACAAUGGAUUCUGUUGUCACUGGUCAGAGGGAUCUUAAGGCAGCUGGGAUUCUUGUUUCAAUCAUUUAUUCCUCUUCGGAAUGCUGCCUUCCGAUAUACCGUCUUUCUCGUCAUCGCGGACAACUCGGACUUCCAGAUGACCUUAAACUCGCCGCUUUUAUUAGAAGAUAUCCGAAUAUUUUUGUUGAGUCGUCUUUUCUCGAUAGCGGUGGCUCUCCUGUUCCGUGUUUUGGAUUGAGUCCGGAAGCGUUGAAGCUCCAUCGCGAAGAGGUUGAUGUACUUAGAGAAAAUUGGUUUGAUCUUAGGGAUAGGCUGUGUAGAUUGCUUAUGCUUACGAGAGAUUGGAUGCUUCCCUUACAGACUAUUGAUCAGUUGAAAUGGGAUUUGGGUUUACCGUAUGAUUACCAGGAUUCUUUUGUUUUGAAUCAUCACGAAAGAUUCUCUUUUGUUCGCCUUCUUGACGAUCGCGUUGGUUUGAAAUUAUUAUUUUGGGAUGAUAAGCUUGCUGUAUCAGAGUUAGAGAAGAAUGCUUCUAUACAACAAGAGGGAGAAGACAUAAAAAAUGGAACCUUUGCGUUUCCGGUUAGUUUUACGAGGGGUUUUGGUUUGAAAAGGAAAAGUAUGGAGUGGUUGAAAGAGUGGCAGAAGCUCCCGUGUACUUCGCCUUAUGCCAAUGCAUCUCAUUUGGAUAUUCGUACAGAUGUAUCUGAGAAAAGGGUAGUUGGAGUUUUUCAUGAGCUCCUUCACCUUACACUUCAUAAGCAAACCGAGCGUAAGAAUGUUAGCAACUUACGCAGACCGUUGGCUUUACCGCAGAAGUUCACUAAAGCAUUGGAACGACAUCCUGGUAUUUUUUACAUUUCCAUGAAGAAUGACACCCAAACAGUUGUUCUGAGGGAGGCCUAUAAUGGCGGGGAACUCGUGCAGAAACACCCCCUUGUGAAAGUUAGAGAGGAAUUUGCAAAUCUAAUGAAGAAAGGACUGCUUGAUAGGAGUAGGGGUGUAUACAAGAAAGGUAUAGAUGCUAAUUUCGUUGAAGAAGACAGAAAGGAAGUUUACAUCACCGAUAAAACUUACCAGGUUAAAUCUAAAGAUGAAUCAGAUUCAAUGUUAUUCUGA